AUGGCGCGUACGCCCUCGCAAGCCGACGUCCCGAACGGCGAAAGACCGUCCGUAAGCGCGUCCGCGAACGUUAACGGUACCGCGACGACGCUGCGUCGCCGGUCGGCGCCGCGACACGCCGCGGCGGAGGCGAAACAAGUGGCUGGAUACUACAAGAAGCAAAACCAACUCGUCGAGCAGUUUCACGAGUUGGAAAGUUUCCUCGAACGCACGAGUGGAAGAAGCGACGAAGAGUCGCGUGGGAAGACGGAAGCGGAAGAAAACGAGGAAAGAAGAACGCAAAUUGCGCUCCAAGUGUCGUUCUAUGCGAAUAUCGUGCUGCUCGGGGUAAAAUUGUUCGCCGCUAUUAGCAGUGGGUCCCUGAGCAUCAUCACGAGCGCGUUGGAUAGUUUUUUAGAUUUGGUGAGCGGUUUGAUUUUGUUCAUGACGGAUAAGACCAUUCGAAAGCAAAAUAAGUACCUGUAUCCGAUCGGCAAGAGUCGAAUGCAGCCUUUGGGGAUCAUCGUGUUCAGUUGCAUCAUGGGCACGCUCGGCUUCCAGGUGCUCAUUGAAGGCAUUCGGCAGCUCAUCGGCGACGAACACACGCAUCACCUGGAGCAUUUAGUACUCACGAUUGGGAUCAUGUGCGGAGUCAUUGUGCUGAAGUUUUUUCUUUUUUUGUUCUGCCGCAACAGCACGUCUAGUUCAGUUCAGACGUACGCGCAAGACCAUAGAAAUGACGUCGCGACGAACAGCAUCGGGUUAGCCGCCGCGCUCGUGGGCGAUAGGGUGUACUAUUGGGUCGAUCCUUUAGGGGCUAUUUUGCUCGCAAUCUACAUCGUCAUCAACUGGAGUCAAACGGCUAUGGAGAAUAUACGCUCGAUGGUCGGUAUGAGCGCCCCUCCAGAGUUUUUAGCGUCGUUGACGUACCUGGCGUGGAACCACCAUCCAGACAUCGUGCUCAUCGACACCAUUCGAGCGUACACGUUUGGGCCGAAAUACUUUGUCGAAGUCGACAUCGUGCUCGAGGAAGAUAUGCCAUUGAGACGCGCGCACGACAUAGGAGAGCAAUUACAAAACCGCAUCGAGCGACUGGAAGACGUCGAGCGAGCUUUCGUUCAUCUUGAUUUUGAAAGCGAACACGCGCCCGAGCACUAG